UGCCGACUAAUCCAAAACCACAAAGCAAGCCGGUCAACAUCAUUGAUCACGGAGUUCCGUGAUCGAACGGAGAAGAAAGAAGAAAGCACCAGCGUCAAUGAACAACUAAAACACAGGAAGAUUGUACGUUCUUUUUCCAGGGCACAAUCAAUUGCAGGCAAUUUAAUGAUAUUUGUCGAUCAACAAUGGCUGCUUACACUAUAGUAAAAGGGAGUUUCAGCUCUCUGAUUACAGCAAAAUCCCAUCUGGGUUUAAGCAGUAAACAGCAGAUUUCUUUGGCUUUUGGCGCAAAUUCACUGAAAAAACCAAGAAACAGGGCCUCUUUCUCAGUUUCUGUUAUGGGCUCUUCAUCUUCUUCCCAGAAACAAGACAGCACUCAAGAAGGGGCAGGAAACACGAACUACAGUUCUGUUAGUGAUGAAGAGUGGAGGAAGCAGCUAACGGACCAGCAGUUUUAUGUUACUCGGCAAAAGGGUACUGAGAGGGCAUUCACUGGAGAAUAUUGGAACACCAAAACUCCUGGAACUUACCAUUGCAUCUGCUGUGACACUCCGUUAUUCGAAUCAUCCACUAAAUUUGAUAGUGGAACUGGAUGGCCUUCGUAUUAUCAGCCAAUAAGAAACAAUGUGAAGUCGAAGCUAGACCUGUCGAUUAUUUUCAUGCCUCGCCAAGAAGUCUUAUGUGCAGUUUGUGACGCCCAUCUUGGUCACGUAUUCGAUGAUGGCCCCCCACCUACAGGAAAACGCUAUUGCAUCAACAGCGCUUCCCUCAAACUGAAGCCAAAGUAGGAGGUGGGCUCGUCAGCACACACAAGACGAGCAGAAUAUGAUCUCAAAGCCACACUUACAUCAAUGUGUUAGUGAAAUCCAGCUUAAAGUAUGUAGAGAUGAUCGAACAUUACCUAUUUUCAUGCCAAAUGGCCUCCGAUUAUCUAUUGAGGAAACAGAAAAUUGCAUUCAUACUCGAGUAUGAGUUGGAAACUUACCUUGUAAUUACUCAAUGAAAACGGGACUUCCCAACAUACUCUCUGGUUCAGUUCAAUCAAUAUAGCACAAAUGCUCCUUUUGUUAAA